UGACAGUCUGUACGGAAAAAGUGAAAAGUUUUAGUGCAUUGAAAAAUACGCCUAAAUAAGCGCAAACUUGUACAAAUUAAACAGCAGAUUUGCAUCUAAUAUGCGAUAGCCCCCGCCAGAAGAAUUGCACAUCAUAAACCAGCGCACCUGGCCAUCCUAUAACGAAACUGCCACACCGGAGAAUUUGAAGUAAAAAAAAUCAUUGACCCCUUAAGUCUAUCGGUUCAAAUCGUAGUGCGUUUGUGUGUGGUUGUUCGUCCCGUGCGGGUGUAAAGAGAGUAUCAGCAAAGGUAGGAGAAUCCAAUCAACGCGAUAGUUGGAAAUCAAUAACCCACCCAUAGAACACGGAAGAAUAGUCGGUCAUGAUGGAACCGACCCAGGCGGAACCGUCGCUUCCCUCGACUUCCGCAGCAUCUACGGUCGGAAGAAAGCGGAAACUUUCCAGUGAUGAGUUUAUCUUCGAUCAGCCCAAUAUGAAAAUCCUUUCGGUGGAAUUGUCCGAUAUCGAACUGCAGGUGUCACUGAUGGAUCUGAGUGAUGAAAUACUUAUGGAAAUAUUCCUGAAUCUAGACAGCGACAGUUUAAUAUCACUGUCCGAGUGUUGCCUUCGGUUAAACAGUCUGAUCAAAGAUAAGAAACUCUGGACCAAGGCAGAUUUCAGCGAGUCACAACUGGGGGGUCAGGAACUGCUGCGUAAAAUAAAGCACUUGCAAACCGAAACUCGUUCACUGAAAAUACGUGGCUUGACCAGUUUGUACCCGCUGGAUAAAUGGAAAACUCCUACGUUGACUGCUAAUUUACUAGCACAAAUCAACAAACGCUGUCCCCAGUUGGAACAUUUUGAAAUCACCGAAGGCUACAUGGACACAAACAAUAUGGCAAUCAUUUCCUUUCCGCCCAGUAUUCAGACGCUGGUUUUCAGAAAAUGCGAAGCAGAUCGUUCAAUGGCGUCUGAAAUACGAAUGGGUUUCCUGUCCAAAAUUGAUAGAACAUUGCAAAAAUUAGAGGAACUUACUAUAGAAUACUGUAGUUGGUUUGAUACGCACGACUUCAUGGCCUUGUCGAAAGUUCCCCAUUUGCGUUAUCUCAGCCUCAAAGGUUGCGCUAACAUGAAAGAUAGUGUUCCGUAUGCUAGCAUCGCCACAAGAUUUGGAUUCAAAAAACUGGAGAUCCUAGACCUUCGUGAUACGCCGAUCUCCGACUCUGACGUAAGCUGUUUCAAUAUAGUUCAAUCACUAAAAGAAUUGCUGUUAGAAUGUCCGGAAUACUUGCGUACCGAGCGAGGUUUGAGCGAGUAUAAUGAAGCGGAACGGCAACGUGUUGAGCAGCUUCGACGAAUAGCCAACCAGGAUAUUAUAAAUCCGCUCAACAGACGUCAGGAGCAAGCCGCAGAGGGCGCUAACCCUCCCGAUAACGCUCAACAGCCGGUAGGUGACAAUGCUGCGGAUCCUGCACCCCCGCCGCGGCCACCUCGGCCGCACUUCCUAGGCGAGGGACGCAACGUGUUCCGUUUUGUUAAUCGUCACUUUUUCCCGAACUUGCACGAAAAUCGUGAGAAUCUAAUCCGUAUCAUUAAUCGUGUUGAAAUGGACCCUCCGGAAGAGCAAGCGGAACAGCAGCCGGCCAACAAUCCACCGCCACCACCACCGCUUCCUCCGGUGAACGAAGAACAACUACAGCGGCCAGCACCACCACCACCACCACCACCACCAGCAGCAGCAGUAGUAGCAGCUCAUCAAGCGCCACUGCCACCAUUACCAGAGAAUCCAGAAAUACGACAACGUCACGUGCGCAUAGUUUAUAACAAUCGGCGCAACAUCAUACGCAUUAUCAAUCAUCUGGAACGAAACAAUAAUGACGAGGAUAACAACAACGAAAUGCCGUUCCCUCAGGUUAUGCCACGCCCGGUUGAAGCAGCCUAUCAGCAAAUUUUCGAGGCGGGCAACAGGGAUCGCAUAGAAAAUGGUCCAUUCGCAGAACCUGCUGCUGGUCAGGGGGCUCCCGCGGAUGAAGAACAGCAACAAGUACAAGAAAGACCGGUGAACGGUGUUGCCGAAGAUGCUAAUAAUGGUGUGAAUGCUAACGCAAACGGGAAUGUCAUGAACGGCGAAGGGGAACCGGCACCUGCUGGAGCUGAGGAGCAGGAACCACACCCACAAGAAGAUAUGAAUGUCCGAGUCAUUCUCCACGGUGCCUUCCAGAACAACCACCCGAGAAUAAUGCCCCACGUUAUCAUCGUGCGCGGUGUGGAAAACAACAACCCAGUGGCCGAAGUGGCGGACAACCAACAGAGACCGGCUAACGCUUUCUACCAGUAUCUCAACCUAGGACCGGGAGCACCCGGCCCCAACUAUGUCUCGUUGGUGAGUGAUCGAGGUAUUUGCGCGUACGGUGUGUCCCGACAAGAGCUCGGUGGGGUGGCGUUUAUUCGUGAGUACUUUAGGCCCAACAUGACCAGUCUAGAGCGGUUGUUCGUGCGAAACUACAAACUGGUGACCGACACUUCGCUUGAUCACCUGGAAUCGGCUGCACCGAACCUGAAGUUGCUGGACGUCACCGGAACUUCAGUUACAGCGGAAGGUGUGCGUAAUUUUAAAUUAGCGCGACCCAACUGUACCAUACUGUCGGAUUUUGAGUAGAAUGUAAGAGUCGCAUGUUCACUAACUUUAACUAAUGGCUGGGUAGCACUGUCCGUAUGUUUUUGUUAGAGCAACUUUUUAAAUCUUUAGAUUGCCUUUGGUAAAAAAAAGCAGAAAUUAUGUUUGCCCAUUAACGUGUCAGGAAAAUCUGAUGUUCGUAAACUGUCUGCUACUAUGCAGCAAAAAAAUUUUCUUGAUUUCUUUUGUUCCGAUGGAGAAAAUUUUUUUUAAAUUCUGAAAUAUACACAUAUAUUUCCUUGUACUAGAACAUUUAACAGCACACGAAAAAUUAUUUAAAUUAAAUGUGACCUAAGCAUUAUUUUAAAUUACAACUUUCCAGACACGCUGGGCUGUAGAACGAAGCAAUUUAGUUUGAAGAAUAAAAGGCAAGUUUAGCAUUAGUAAAACAACUUUUUGCUCCUCUACCUAUUUUUAUUUCAAAAAACAACUUAUAUACAAAAUAUGUCAUUAAAUUAUCCUAGAAUCAUUGAAUUUAAUGAUUAAAAAUAAAUGUGCAGUAUUUAAAAUAAA